AUGAGCGCUGCGGACCUACUCGCCCUGCAGGGCCACAUCAAGACGGAUCCGGAUGGGUACAGGGACGAGUUCGACAUGCAGCGCCGCAACUACGAGGCCAAGAUGAAGGUCUUCCUCAUGAAGCCCGCGCAGGACGCAAAGGACUUUGCAGACCUGUGCAUGUUCCUGGCGCAGGUGUCGCACUGCUUCCCCGAGGAGCUCAAGGGCUUCCCGGGCGAGGUCAUGGCGCUCCUCGACAAGCACUACGCCGUGCUGACUCCCCCCAUGCGACGCUCCCUGGUGCAAGUCCUCAUGCUGCUCAAGAGCCGCGGCCGCCUCCAGGCCACGGACAUCUUCCCGCUCUUCUUCAGGCUGUUCCGGUGCCAGGACAAGGCGCUCCGGCAGCAGCUCCAGGGCUACAUGGUCAGCGACGUGCGCAACGCCAACCGCAAGCACCGCAACGAGCGCCUCAACCGCGCGAUCCAAUCUCUCAUGUACGGCGUUCUGGAGGACGACAACGAGGCCGCCGCGAAGAAGGCGCUCGCGAUCCUGACGGAGCUCUACCGCCGGAACGUCUGGCGCGACGCGCACACCGUCAACGUCAUCGGGUCGGCGUGCCACCACAGGUCGUCCAAGGUCAUGCUGGCGGCGCUGCGCUUCUUCCUGGGGCUCGACCAGGCCGCGGACGAGGACGGGGCGUCGGACAGCGAGGACGAGGACGCGGAGAAGGACCUCGGCGUCGCGGGGCCGAGCAAGGCGGAGAUAUACAGCGCGACGAAGAAGGGCACCUCGGCCAGCAAGCGCAAGAAAAAGAAGAAGCUCGCGCGCGUGAUGGCGACGCUCAAGAAGCAGGCGCGGAAGGAGCAGGGGGGCGCCGCGGGGGGCUUCGCGGCGCUCGAGCUCCUCCACGACCCGCAGGCGUUCGCGGAGCGCCUGUUCGCGCGGCUCCGCGGCGGGGGGGAGAAAUUCGAGGCGCGCGUGGCCAUCAUGCAGGUCGUCUCGCGGGCGAUCGGGACGCACCGGCUGCUGGUGCUGCCGUUCUACCCGUUCCUGCAGCGGUACAUGAUGCCGCGGCAGAAGGACGUCACGCAGGUGCUGGCCGCGCUGGUGCAGGCCUGCCACGACCUCGUGCCGCCGGAGACGCUGCGGCCGGUGCUGCGGCAGCUGGUGGACAACUUCGUGCACGACCGAGCGCGCGAGGAGGUGAUGACGAUCGGGCUGAAGACGGUCCGCGAGAUGUGUCUCCGGCAGCCGCUGGUGAUGGAUGAGGAUUUGUUGCAGGACUUGGUGCAGUAUAAGAAGCACCGCGACAAGCAGGUGUCCGCGGCGGCGCGGUCGCUGAUGGCGCUCUUCCGGGAGAUCGCGCCGGGGAUGCUCGAGCGCAAGGAUCGCGGCCGCGGCCACGAGAUCGAGCGGACGCUGGGGACGUACGGAGAGCGGAAAGUGAGCGACCGCAUCGAGGGCGCGGACCUGCUGGAACAGGCGCUGAAGAAGGGGCUGACCCCGAGCGAGAUCGGCGCGUCCGACGACGAGGAGGACGAGGACGAGGACGAGGACGCUAGCGGCGAGGGGACGAGCGAUGGCGGGGAUGACGGGAGCGAGGAGGGUGUUGGCGGCGAGGACGGCGAGGGGGCGUUCGGAACGGACGACGAGGGAGUCGAGGGGGACGGCAGUGACGCGGAGGGCGUCGAGGUGGAGUCGGAUGAGGAGGAGGGGGACGCGAGCGACGGGGACGCUGAUGGCGACAGCGACGGCGAGGCCGGCGAGGAGGACAGCGACGCUGACGACAGCGAGGACGAGCCGCAGGGCAAGCCGAAGCCUGCGCCGCAGGCGGGCAGCCUCGCGGACCUCAAGCGUCGGCUGGCGGAGGCCAAGAGAGCGAAGGAAGCGCCCGGCGAGCAGGAGGGCGCUGGCGGUGACGGGAAGGAGGCGGGCGACUCGAAGGUCGCGAAGGAGGGCGUGCCUGAGGACUGGGGUCGGGUGUUCUCGCAGGAGGAGUUCGAGGCGAUCCGGCGGCUGAAGCAGCGUCAGACGGUGCAGGCGGCGAUGACAAAGCACGGGCUGCGGACGGCGUCGAAGCGCAAGGCGGGCGAGAUCGACGUGGACGACGAGCUGCGGGCGCUGCUGGCGCGCGGCGCGGAGCGCAUCGCGGAGCGGCGCGUGGAUGCGGCGGAGCUGGAGGGGGUGCACAAGCGGCGGAAGACCAAGGAGGAGAGGCUGGCGUCGGUGAUGGAGGGGCGGGAGGGGCGCGAGGAGUUCGGGGCGGCGAGCGCGCGGCGGAAGAAGAAGACGGGCGGCGCGGGGCUGUCGAACCGGGAGAAGCAGAAGCGCAAGGUGGUGCCGCUGGCGGCGCGGAUGGCGCAGAUCAACCGCCGGCGCGGAAACAAGAAGCACGGGAAGGGCAAGGGCGGCGGGAAGCAGGGGAAGAAGCGGUGA